AUGGUUUGCUCUGAGUGUUCUGUUUCCUGCGAGAACCUAAAGCCGUUACAGAAAGAUAUGUGUUUAACAAUCACCCCUCCAGUGAAAGAUAGCGUUGACUUCUCUGAUGUCUUUGGUCCACUCCCUGAAGAGUCAUCAAGUGAUGUUGUUUUCGACGAGCCUCCCGUUGUCCACACUCGCUCCCACUCUUUUGUUGGCCCUUCUCCUUCUUUCAAGCUCACCAACGACUUGGACAGUGAGAAAACUCAAGAAGGGGAUGUAGCAGAGGUUUCAGGUGAAGUAGGCAUUGAGGACUUUGAAGUUUUGAAGGUUGUAGGGAGAGGUGCGUUUGGUAAAGUGUUCCAGGUGAGGAAGAAGGACACCUCCGAGAUAUUCGCUAUGAAGGUUAUGAGAAAAGAUAAGAUCAUGGAGAAGAACCAUGCGGAAUACAUGAAAGCUGAGCGUGACAUUCUCACCAAGAUUGAUCAUCCCUUCAUUGUUCAACUUAAAUACUCUUUUCAGACCAAGUACAGGCUAUACCUUGUGUUGGACUUUAUAAACGGAGGCCAUCUCUUCUUCCAGCUCUAUCACCAAGGGCUCUUCAGAGAGGAUUUGGCUCGUGUUUACACUGCAGAGAUAGUCUCUGCGGUUUCACAUCUCCAUGAGAAAGGCAUAAUGCAUAGAGAUCUCAAACCUGAGAACAUACUCAUGGACACAGAUGGCCAUGUGAUGUUGACAGAUUUUGGUUUGGCUAAGGAGUUUGAAGAGAACACAAGAUCAAACUCAAUGUGUGGGACUACUGAGUAUAUGGCACCUGAAAUCAUUAGAGGCAAAGGACAUGAUAAAGCUGCUGAUUGGUGGAGUGUUGGGAUUCUUCUCUAUGAGAUGCUCACAGGAAAGCCACCGUUUAUGGGGAGCAGAGGAAAGAUACAACAGAAAAUAGUGAAGGAUAAGAUCAAACUUCCACAGUUUCUGUCUAAUGAAGCUCAUGCUUUGCUAAAAGGGCUGUUGCAAAAAGAGCCAGAGAGGAGACUGGGAAGUGGACAGAGCGGAGCAGAGGAGAUAAAAGAGCACAAAUGGUUCAAGGGAAUAAACUGGAAGAAGCUGGAGGCAAGAGAAGUGAAGCCAAGUUUCAAGCCGGAGGUAUCUGGAAGGCAAUGCAUAGCGAAUUUUGACAAGUGUUGGACUGAUAUGUCUGUGUUGGACUCUCCUGCAAACAGUCCAAGGUCGGAUCCUAAGGCUAACCCUUUUACCAACUUUGCUUACGUCAGGCCGCCUCGUUCAAUCCUCAGCCAAACCACAUAG